UACGAUGUCAAAUUAAUUUAGCGUAUAAAGCAGACGUGAAAACUUGAGCUAUGUGCUCCAGAGAAUUUGAAAAAGAAUCAUAUAAAGAAAAGUGUGAAGAACAAUCUCAUUUUACUCAUAAUGAGCAUGAGACAACCACUGAAGCCAUUACGGAUGAAAUCGCGGAAGAAAAAAUUAAUAUGAAUAAAUUUUUAGAUUUCAUGAAAGUUUCUUGCCACGUUAAUGAUGUUAUAUCAAAGCAAACUAAUCAGCAAAAAACGAAAUUAAAGGGCAGGUUGGAAGAUUUUCAAACAGAUGCUCCAAAGGACGAGUUGAACUUUGAAAAAUUGGUGGACAAGGAAUUAUUCCAUGACAUUUUAGCACAGAGUUUUCAAAACAAAGUGAUUCCCCCAAAGACUGGUGAGAUUAAUGGUCCAACCCCAAGCGGAACAAAAAACGAUGUUAGUUCUUCAGAAAGACGUUCUACAGCUGGAUUGACUAUUGGUUCCUUUUCCCGACGGAAAGUCAAUAAAGCGAAUUCCGAAGAGCAGCACGAAUCUGUGCAAUCAAAAUUAUAUAAAAAAUUAGACUACGUUAUUAAUGAGGGAAUGGUUGACUCAGUACUAUCUUUCAUUUGCCCAAUACCAGUACCAACAUCUUUUCCAAAUCAUUUAAAACCGAAACAUAAAAAGGAGCCAAUAAAUACCAAACAGACACCUGUAGAAAACACGGAUUCCAUCAUAAUAAACGGUAAUACAAAAGCUAAUGAAACUGAAGGUGUGUCAGAUGUGAAUAUGCCCACUUGCGACUCUGCCUCGAACGAUAUGAAGUUCAUGAAGAAGUUAACGAAUAUAAGGGAUAAAAGAGAGCCGGAAAUCAUUAUUCAUGUAUGUGAUGAAGUGAAAAAUACAACAAGGGAUUUUACCUGCUCGCAAAGAUUAUUAGUAAGCAAGAUGGGUUACUUUGCCGAAGUAACAGGAGGUCAAAAGCUUGAUGAGAUGGACAUUUCGGUGCAUUGUGAUAUACAAAUAUUCGAUUGGUUAGUAAAGUGGAUGAAAUUAACAGAUUUUUUGGAAUCGUCUGGUUCCAGAAAAACAGCGAUUGAAGGCGCAGAAGACAUGCCGCAAUUGGAUGCUAACAAUGUUAUCCCCAUUCUUGUUUCUGCUGGAUUUUUGCAAAUGGAACCAUUAAUGAUAGAUUGCUUAUCAUUUUGUCACGCUCGGUUAUGUGAUGUGGUGCGUUGCUCGUUAAAUCUCUCAUGUUUGAAUGACUCAAUAAUUACACGCCUAGCGGCUAUGUUCACUAAUUUAGAAUUGGAAAUGGUGCGUGACAAAAAAGAACGUUUAGUGCCACGAUUAUGGAUUAAACUAAUUCAAAGUCUUUGUGAACCAGAACCGGAAGCGUUACGAGGCCAUUCCUACAGUCUGGCAGGAUUGUUUCGUUGUUCAAGAUGUGGAGAAUAUCUUACAAAUACAAUUAAAUCCUUCAUAGCUUGCCAACCGAAUAACACCCGUUUAACACGCUGGGGUCAACUGAGUAGCCAUCAUAUACGUGAUAGUUUGUGGAAUAUGAACAAUUUUAUUUCUCAGAUUUUUAAGGAACGUAGGUCAUGGCGCCGUGUUUAUUGGAAACUGUGGAGCCAUUGCCAUUUUCUAUAUUGUUGUAUUUGCGAGACGCAUUUCCCCGUUUACAAAAUGGCGUGGUGUCGUUUUCAUCCAUUAAGUCCAAAUUAUUUGGAAUCAGCUGCGGACGACUUUAUACCUGGUCCUAUAGGUCGUUAUCCAUGCUGUGGCAAGAAAGCAUUUAGGUUUGAAACAUUUCCCGAAUCGAAUGGCUGUCAUUUUCGUGAACAUAGCGUCCUUGCUGUAACUGACCGGGAGCGCCAGAUAUUGCAAAUAAUGCAAGUUGUAUCUGAUGAUUGUGUCAUCUGUGAUCCCCCGGACGAAAGCAUUCUAACAGCGGACAUUACACCAUUUUGGACAGGUGUUUCACUUACACCGCAACAAUGCAGACAAGGAUUAUUACCAGCACUUAACGCAGGAGAACACACUACUAAAGUAACUCGUCAAUUGGGACAAGACGGGAUUUCGUUUAUUGAUGAUUUCUGUAGUGACAGCAGCGGCAGCGAUUCAACUGAUAAUAUAGAUCGGCAAGGUCGAAAAAAUAAUAAAUUUUUUUCAGAGAUCGAUUUCAGUAGUGACGGCUGCGAAUCUGAAAAAGCAGGCUUAGAAGCUUUACAUACAAAGAAAUUGAAAAAGAAGCCCAGUGUCAACUCUGGUCGAAAUUGGUAUGGAGACCUGUCUGCACGAAGUAAUCAGGAUCAUCAGCGAGAAUAUGAAGAAAAAGCUUUAAAACAGAUUACAUUACAAAUGAAUAAAAAUUAUGGUUUGGAGAAAGGUAUCCUUCCAGCCGGACCAAUAGGCGGCUUUUAUGUACGCUUAGAGGCUGAAUGGAAAGACCAAUUAAAACAUCGAACUUCUUCGAAUCCUACGAGCACUCCCUCAACUUCAAUUGUCGGAAAGCAUAAGAAUAAAUAUCAGAGCUAAGAUUAUUUUAUAAUAUAAUAUGUUAAGAGACCUACAGCUAAAUAUCGGUUAUACAUACAUAUGUGCCGUCACAGUUUUCUUAAAAAUUAAAACUAAAUCUUAAUAAAUUAUUA